AUGGAUUAUGUUUUCCAGUUAGAAUUGCGAACAGGAUUGAAGAAACUGUUAAGGAAGAAGCUUCAGGAAGAAGCUGAAAUCCUUUCAAAGAGGCAUACCAGUGGAAUCGGGACAGGGAGUUCCAAGCAGAGUGUGUGGAGAAGUAGGACAACAGAGUGUGUGGAGAAGAGGAAGAAAGAUGGGCUAAGAGUACUUCUUGGCGCCUGGGACUACCAUCAUGGCCUAGUUGGCUUACACAACAUUGGACAGACCUGCUGCCUUAACUCCCUGAUUCAGGUAUUCAUAAUGAAUGUGGAAUUCACCAAGAUAAUGAAGAGGAUAAAAGUUCCAAGAGAAGUGGAAGAACAGAAGAGAAAUGUCCCUUUUCAAUUACUUUUAUUGCUAGAGAAGAUGCAGGACAGCCGGCAGAAGGCAGCGAGACCCGUGGAGUUCGUCUCCUGCCUCCAGAAGUACAAUGUACCAAUGUUUGUUCAGCAUGAUGCUGCUCAGCUCUACCUCACGAUUUGGAACUUCAUUAAGGCUCAGAUCACCGAUGUGGACUUGGUGCAGCGGCUCCAGGACUUGUAUAAGAUCCGGAUAAAGGAGUGCUUGGUCUGCCUCGACUGCACCACGGAGAGUAGCAGAGACAGUAGCUCGCUGACGCUCCCUCUCAGCCUUUUCGACCUGAACUUAAAGCCGCUGGGAACACUGGAAGACGCCCUGCAGUACUUUUUGCAACCCAAGGAGCUAUCAAGCAAAAGCAAGUGCUUCUGCUCCCGGCUUCAGAACUGUGGGAAGAACACCUAUGGGAAACAGGCCUUGAAGCUGACCCAUCUGCCCUCAGCUUUGACCAUCCACCUCAUGCGCUUCUCCGCCAGGAAUUCACAGACACAGAAGGUCUGCCACUCCGUCUCUUUCCCCGAGAGCUUGGAUUUCACUCAGGUGCUUCUGAGCUGUGAAUACAUGUGUGAUGACAAGGAAGAUGACAGGUUAACCAUCCCAUGCCUUCUGCCCUUCCGGGUUGGAGGACAGUAUGAACUCUUUGCCGUGAUCACACACAUGGGAAUGGCAAACUUUGGUCAUUACUGUGCCUAUAUUCAGAACUCUGUGGAUGGAGAAUGGUUCUGCUUCAAUGACUCCAAUGUUUGCAGGGUAUCCUGGGAAGACGUCCAGUGUACCUUUGGAAAUCAUAAUGACCGUUGGUAAGAGGGGUGUGAGGUGAUGGAAA